CCUAAGCAAAGCCAGCGAGGCAACCCCCCUUUAACACUACCUAGACGACGGCGGUAGCUAGUUAGCAUAAAUUCCUUGUCUCUACCAUAGGAAAGGUACCGUAUGGCAUUUAAUUUGGAUGGCUAAAAUUCUAGUAGUGACUGGUUAACUGUAGAUAAAUACAUCUGGGAGGAACCUUGAAGCUGCCUCUCCCAGUUUCUCACACUCCCCUAAUCUCGUCGAUAUGUCAGCUUUCUCUGAGGCGGCUUUAGAAAAGAAACUGUCCGAGCUUAGUAACUCUCAGCAAAGUGUGCAGACGUUGUCGUUGUGGCUCAUUCAUCAUAGAAAACACUCGAAGACCAUUGUCAACGUUUGGUUCAACGAACUAAAAAAAGCUCAGGUGUCACGCAAGUUGACCUUCCUUUACUUGGCCAAUGAUGUCAUUCAGAACAGCAAGAAAAAAGGACCAGAGUUCACCCAGGACUUUGCACCGAUCAUCAUUGAUGCAUUCAAACAUGUAUACAGAGAUGGCGAGGAAGGCUGUAAGAAACAGUUGGGUCGGGUUUUGUCCAUCUGGCAGGAGAGAGCUGUGUACGAGAACAACCUGCUGGAUCAGCUCUCACAAGUACUAUAUGGAGAAAAGAAGGCGAAGAAGAGGUCAUAUGAAGAAAUCCAACCAGAUGAUGAAGACUUUGCCUCUCAGAGCUCCCCAGCUGAGCCCCCACAGACAGCAGAGUUAAUCCGAGCUCUGCAGGAGCUGGAAAAUGCGGCCUCUGGCGACUCAGUGCUGCGUCAGCGAAUCUCUUCCCUUCCUGCUGAGGUGCAGGACACGUCACUGCUUCACAGGAUCACAGAUAAAGAAUCAGGGGAGCGGCUCUCCCGGCUGGUGGAGGAGGCCUGCAUGCUGCUAGCAGACUACAGUGGCCGCUUGGCAGCAGAAAUAGAUGAUAGGAGGCAGCUCACGCGCACACUAACGGUCUUCCUGCAAAGCCAGAAGGACGGCUUGGCCCAGAACGAACAGAAACUUGAACAUGUUUCAUACAGAAUACAAACGUAAACUGGCGAGGGUGACCCAGGUCCGGAAGGAACUGCGUUCGCGUCUGAACAAUCUUCCAGGAGGACUCUACAACUCUUCAGACUGACUGAAGUUUCACCUCCUGACCUUAUACCUGACCCUCCUGCUACUGAAACAUCUCAACAUUGUCUCUUAGAUAUUUGAUCAGUAACAUUGCCAUAGCCCUCUGUUUUUGAUUUUGGAAAGUGUCUGUGUGUCCCUGUAUGGUGACCUAUGGUUCUCAUGCUGUCUUGAACAGAUUAUUUAUCCACAUGGCUUUUAUUAACAGAAAUGUCUUUUUUCUGUCUGUCUGUGAGCUCAUAUCUUUGUGCUGUAUGUUAUCGGUACACUGUACAUGAAGAUUUAUAAUCAUCAGACACAGGCCUCUCAUGCUCUGGCCCCUGCCCAUCUAACUUUUACAGCUUUAAAGUGGUAUGGAUGAUGCUGGUGUAAUAUUUUUGUAUUUAUAGUGACUUAAGAUAAUGCACCAGAGAAUAUCCCUUUAGUUUGAUCAUUCAUAAUGAUUUUCAGUAUUUUGGAUUGCUAUCAUAACUUAAGUUUACUCUAUCUUUCUCACUCUUGGUUGUAGAUUACUGCUGCAGUUUUUCAAAAUGGGAUCAUUCUUUUAAUGGCCUCUGAAGCGAAAGGUGUGCUUGUGAAAUCAUUGGGAUAAUUUGAAGCUGAGUAGUAAACCAUGUUCCUAAAAGCAAACAUGUAAUUAUAAUUUACAUAAAGCCUCUUUGUGAGAGGGGUGUGUAAAUCAUUGGUAAGUGUACAUAUUCUAAAUUGCAUGUAAAUAUGAUGGAGUUGUACCUUUAAGUGCUCAUGAUUUCUCUCCAUGUGAACAUGGCUUGGACAUGGUCAUUCAGACAAAUUACUGAUUUACCUCUGUACAAUGAUAUGUUUGUAGUUGCCCAUACCUACAUGAUAAGGAAAUACUGAGUGAAGGAGUCUGAUGUCUUGUUAACUAUAACAUUGUUUCAUAGUUUUAUCCUUAUAUCUACUGAACGCUGUGCUGAUGCCUCACACAGCUCGAGAAGUGCCCCAGUUUCCAAAGCCAGGCUUAAAAGCAGCUGUUUGUUUUUGUAACUAUGGAGCAAAUUAUUCUAA